AUCUUUGUGUUCAGCUACAUUCAUACGAAGAUUUCUUAGUUGACGUUGAGAAAUUAAAUGAUGACCAAACUUGGGUUAGUGACGCAUCUGCAAGUUACGCUGUUUACAAAAGAGUAGACGAGGAUAAAAGAUAUGUUGAAGAUUCUCCUAUACUACUCAUGAAAGCUGUAAAAAAUCCAACUGAACAAGAAGGCAUGAGAAAUGCCCAUAUACGCGAUUCGGCAGCCAUCAUUGAAUUUGCUGCUUGGCUUGAAAAAGAAGUUGACAAAUUAGAAGAUCCAGAAACGGGCGACAUCAAUAAGUUAAGUGAACUGAGUGCGCAGGAAAAGCUAUAUACUUUCAGGGAGAAAAAAGAAUACUUUAAGGGUCUCAGUUUUGAGACGAUUUCUGGAUUUGGUGCAAACGGGGCUGUGAUUCACUAUAGUUCAUCUGAAGCAACAAACAAGGCCAUCUCAAAAGCAAGCACGUACUUGCUGGAUUCUGGUGGACAAUAUCUUGAUGGUACUACGGAUAUCACAAGAACCUUUCACUUUGGUACACCAACGGAUUUUCAGAAGGAUGCCUACACACGCGUUCUGAUGGGAGCCAUAGAUCUAUGCCGAACUGUUUUUAGAACCGGUGUUUAUGGUCGUGAUAUUGAUGCUAUUGCUCGUGCGCCUCUCUGGGCUAACGGACUAGACUAUCUACACGGAACUGGACACGGAAUAGGGCAUUUCCUGAACGUGCAUGAAGGUCCCAUAAAUAUUGGCAACUACAUUGGAGAACAGCCUAUCCAAGCCGGUGUGUUUGUAUCCGACGAACCGGGAUACUACGAAGAUGGACAAUUUGGAAUACGACUGGAGACUAUCGUGAUGGCAAAGGACAUAACUGAGGAGUUAGAUCAUAAUUUUAAUGGCUACACGUAUAUGACAUUUGAUCCGGUUGCUCUUGUUCCGUUCGAGCCAACAUUGAUUGACUACUCUCUUCUGAGCCGACAACAGAUUGAUUGGCUGAAUGAUUAUAAUAAGUUGAUAAGAGAAAAAUUGACCAAUGAGCUUGAUGGCGAGGAUGCUGUUGAAUGGAUGGAGAGUAAAACCGUCCAAGUAUCCUACGACUAUGUCUUCAGUGCUUCUUCACGUGGUGUUCCAUCAGCCUAUGUUAUAAUCGCCACAAUUAUAAUGACGUUAUGGUUUAAACGUUUUUAAGCACGGCAGUCAAAAGCACAAGAAAUAUAAUUACAGUAUAUAUUAUGUCAAAAUAUCAUUUAAAUACUUAGGCCUUAAAUACUUAGGUACGAUGUUUAGUUUCGAUUAAUUCAUUAUGCGUUUCGUUAUUCGUUACGUUGUUGACUAGUUACAUGAUAUAUUAAGUAAGAUGACUAAGACAACAUUUUACAGGCUAACAAUAUUUUUUUUUUAUUUGAAACUUUCUCUAGCUUUUGUGUUUUUUAUUUUUAUGAAAGUUUGUUAGUCUGUGAAAUGUUUUUACCACAUUCAGUGUGUUUACAGUUUAAACUAGUACAAAUAUAAUUAUUAUUCAGAUGAGUUGAAAUUAGGUUACGCAUGUCAUGUAUAGUUUAUCUUAAAAUACAACUUAAUACAUUCCAAUUGAAAUUUUUAAUUAAAUAAAGUUGAUUAUAUAUACUCCAGAACACACAAAUUGUGAAUCAAAUUAGUUAGCAUCAUCAUUAUUUCAUAAUUAUAUUAUGUAGCUAAAAUAAAUCGAGAUUUGUAUACAUUAUUGAGAUUACUAAGACCAAAUUUCCGAAAGGACAGAUAAAGUAAUCUAUGAACUAUGAACCUUAACGUGCGGUAUGAUUGAUGCUAUGCCAAAUGGCUAUGUCAUAUGAAAUAAUACUGUAUGUAUGUUCUAAAACUCGCAGAGUUCAUGAUAAGAAAGGUUGGAUCAAAAAAGGAGAAAGAUUAUGGAUUAUAAGAGUAGCUAAUUUGUUGACUAUUUGUUGACAUAUUAAUGCUGUUACCUCUCAUAAUGUCGAGCAGUGAGGAAGAAUUUUGGAAUUGCUCGCAAAUCAGGAAGUUGAUUAACUUCCUCCAAUCGAAUUAAUUUUCAGUAUUCAUCAUUAUUAAAAAUAUAGAAUUAUUUUAAUUAACAGAAAUUAAACAGUAAUAGCUAUUUUCCCUUUCUUAAAUUGUGUUUCAUAAAAAAAAAACAUCUCUUACGAUGGCCAUACUAGUGGAAAAACUAACAGUAAAAUUAUUGAUAUUGUUUCUUACAUUAUUUGAACACUAUAUGAUCAACACUGUUUUUACAUGAGUUUAGGCCUAUAUUAAAAGUAAGCAUAGACAUGCAAUCUUUUGUAUUUUGGUAAAACUUUUGUAUAAGCCAAUUAAUCUAUUCUACUAUAUAUACAAUGCAUUCUUCAAUCUAAUGUUGUCUAUAUACUAGACCUAACUAAUUUACUGUGAAACUACUGAAAUAAUUCCUUCCUAAAUAAUAUAUAUACAGUGAUGAAAAAAAUUAAAUAAUGAACAAUUGCCAUCCUA